GGGGGGCGGAACAUGUCUCCCGCCGCAGGAAGAUGAGGCAGCGGCGGCGGCUGCGGGCGUAGCGGGCCGGAGCCGACGCGGCGGCGGGCACCGCGGGCACCGCGCACGCCGCUGCCCCAGGGGCGCCCCGGCCGGCUGCGCGCACGGGCCCCGCGGGACGGGCCACGCGGGGGUGGGAGGGGCCCGGGCCACGCGCGCCGCCGCCGCCGCCCACGCGCGACCCUCGGGGGCCCGGCCGCGACGCCCCUUUGUCCGGGGGGGGCCCCCCCGCUUCAUGCCGCCGCCCCCCACGCGCCGCGUGCCCGGCGGCGCCCAGCAGGGUUUCCAGGCCUGAGGUGCCCGCCCUGGCCCCAGGAGAAUGAACCAGCCGCAGAGGAUGGCGCCUGUGGGCACAGACAAGGAGCUCAGUGACCUCCUGGACUUCAGCAUGAUGUUCCCGCUGCCUGUCACCAACGGGAAGGGCCGGCCCGCCUCCCUGGCCGGGGCGCAGUUCGGAGGUUCAGGUCUUGAGGACCGGCCCAGCUCAGGCUCCUGGGGCAGCAGCGACCAGAGCAGCUCCUCCUUUGACCCCAGCCGGACCUUCAGCGAGGGCACCCACUUCACUGAGUCGCACAGCAGCCUCUCUUCAUCCACAUUCCUGGGACCGGGACUCGGAGGCAAGAGCGGUGAGCGGGGCGCCUAUGCCUCCUUUGGGAGAGACGCAGGCGUGGGUGGCCUGACUCAGGCUGGCUUCCUGUCAGGCGAGCUGGCCCUCAGCAGCCCCGGGCCCCUGUCCCCUUCGGGCAUGAAGGGGACCUCCCAGUACUACCCCUCCUACUCCGGCAGCUCCCGGCGGAGAGCGGCAGACGGCAGCCUAGACACGCAACCCAAGAAGGUCCGGAAGGUCCCGCCGGGUCUUCCAUCCUCGGUGUACCCGCCCGGCUCAGGUGAGGACUACGGCAGGGAUGCCGCCGCCUACCCAUCCGCCAAGACCCCCAGCAGCGCCUAUCCUGCCCCCUUCUACGUGGCAGAUGGCAGCCUGCACCCCUCAGCCGAGCUCUGGAGUCCCCCGGGCCAGGCGGGCUUCGGGCCCAUGCUGGGUGGGGGCUCAUCCCCGCUGCCCCUCCCGCCCGGUAGCGGCCCCGUGGGCAGCAGUGGAAGCAGCAGCACGUUUGGUGGCCUGCACCAGCACGAGCGCAUGGGCUACCAGCUGCAUGGAGCAGAGGUGAACGGUGGGCUCCCAUCCGCAUCCUCCUUCUCCUCAGCCCCCGGAGCCACGUACGGCGGCGUCUCCAGCCACACGCCGCCUGUCAGCGGGGCCGACAGCCUCCUGGGCUCCCGAGGGACCACAGCUGGCAGCUCCGGGGAUGCCCUCGGCAAAGCACUGGCCUCGAUCUACUCCCCGGAUCACUCAAGCAAUAACUUCUCGUCCAGCCCUUCCACCCCCGUGGGCUCCCCCCAGGGCCUGGCAGGGACGUCACAGUGGCCUCGAGCAGGAGCCCCCGGUGCCUUAUCGCCCAGCUACGACGGGGGUCUCCACGGCCUGAGUAAGAUAGAAGACCACCUGGACGAGGCCAUCCAUGUGCUCCGCAGCCACGCCGUGGGCACAGCCGGCGACAUGCACACGCUGCUGCCUGGCCACGGGGCGCUGGCCUCGGGUUUCACUGGCCCCAUGUCGCUGGGCGGGCGGCACGCAGGCCUGGUUGGAGGCAGCCACCCCGAGGACGGCCUCGCAGGCAGCACCAGCCUCAUGCACAACCACGCGGCCCUCCCCAGCCAGCCAGGCACCCUCCCUGACCUGUCUCGGCCUCCCGACUCCUACAGUGGGCUAGGGCGAGCAGGUGCCACAGCGGCCGCCGGCGAGAUCAAGCGGGAGGAGAAAGAGGACGAGGAGAACACGUCAGCGGCUGACCACUCGGAGGAGGAGAAGAAGGAGCUGAAGGCCCCCCGGGCCCGGACCAGUACGGAGGAGGCGCUGUCCCUGGAGGAGAAAGACCUGAGGGACCGGGAGAGGCGCAUGGCCAAUAACGCGCGGGAGCGGGUGCGCGUGCGGGAUAUUAACGAGGCCUUCCGGGAGCUGGGGCGCAUGUGCCAGAUGCACCUCAAGUCGGACAAAGCGCAGACCAAGCUGCUCAUCCUGCAGCAGGCCGUGCAGGUCAUCCUGGGGCUGGAGCAGCAGGUGCGAGAGCGGAACCUGAAUCCCAAAGCAGCCUGUUUGAAACGGCGAGAAGAAGAAAAGGUGUCGGGUGUGGUUGGAGACCCCCAGAUGGUGCUUUCAGCUCCCCACCCAGGCCUGAGCGAAGCCCACAACCCCGCCGGGCACAUGUGAAAGGUAUGCCUCCGUGGGACGAGCCACCCGCUCUCAGCCCUGUGCUCUGGCCCCAGAACGGCCACUCCGGGCUUCAUCCACGUCCACACCUCACACACCUGUUGUCAGCAUCGAGCCAACACCAACCUGACAAGGUUCGGAGUGAUGGGGGCGGCCAAGGUGACGCUGGGUCCAGGAGCUCCCUGGGGCCCUGGCCUACCACUCACUGGCCUCGCUCCCCCUGUCCCCGAAUCUCAGCCACCGUGUCACCCUGUGACCUGUCCCAUGGAUCCUGAAACUGCGUCUUGGCCCUGUUGCCUGGGCUGACAGGAGCAUUUUUUUUUUUUUCCAGUAAACAAAACCUGAAAGCAAGCAACAAAACAUACACUUUGUCAGAGAAGAAAAAAAUGCCUUAACUAUAAAAAGCGGAGAAAUGGAAACAUAUCACUCAAGGGGGAUGCUGUGGAAACCUGGCUUAUUCUUCUAAAGCCACCAGCAAAUUGUGCCUAAGCGAAAUAUUUUUUUUAAGGAAAAUAAAAAGAACAUUAGUUACAAGAUUUUUUUUUUUCUUAAUGUAGAUGAAAAUUAGCAAGGAUGCUGCCUUUUUGGUCUCUGGUUUUUUUAAGCUUUUUUUGCAUAUGUUUUGUAAGCAACAAAUUUUUUUGUAUGAAAGUCCCGUGUCUCUCACUAUUUCUGCUGCUGUUCCUAGACUGAGCAUUGCAUUUCUUGAUCAACCAGAUGAUUAAACGUUGUAUUAAAAAGACCCCGUGUAAACCUGAGCCCCCCCGCCGCCCCCCCACCCCCCCCCCAGAAGCCACUGCACACAGACAGAACGGGGACAGGCGGCGGGUCUUUUGUUUUUUUGAUGUUGGGGGUUCUCUUGGUUUUGUCAUGUGGAAAGUGAUGCGUGGGCGUUCCCUGAUGAAGGCACCUUGGGGCUUCCCUGCCACAUCCUCUCCCCUCAGGAAGGGGACUGACCUGGGCUUGGGGGAGGGGACGUCAGCAAGGUGGCUCUGACCAUCCCAGGUGACUCUGCCAAGCAGCUGUGGCCCCCAGCGCUACCCCACACGACGCCCUCCCCAGGCACCCCUAAGCUGCUCUCCCUUGGAACCUGCACAGCUCUCUGAAAUGGGGCAUUUUGUUGGGACCAAUGACCCCUGGCAUGGGAACCACACCGUGGAGCCCGGUGCUGGGGACCUCCUGGACACCCUGUCCUUCACUCCUUUGCCCCAGGGACCCAGGCUAAUGCUCUGAACUCUGGCUGAGGGGAUGCUGCUCAGGAGCCAGCACAGGACACCUCCCACCCCACCCCACCAUGUCCCCAUUACACCAGAGGGCCAUCGUGACAUAGACAGGAUGCCAGGGGCCUGGCCAGCCUCCCCCAACACUGGGGGGCAUUCCUGGGCCUGAGGCCACACCUGCUGCCCUCCCUCUGUGGGGUCCAAGGGCAAGAGUGGCUGGAGCCGGGGGACUGUGCUGGUCUGAGCCCCACGAAGGGCUUGGGCUGUGCGUCCGACCCUGCUGCAGAACCAGCAGGGUGGCCUCUCGGGCCCAUCUGUGUCCCGUGUCCCAGCACCCAGGUCUCUCUCCAGGUCUCCUUUUCUGGUCUUUUGCCAUGAGGGUAACCAGCUCUUCCCAGCUGGCUGGGGACUCUUGGGUUUAAAACUGCAAGUCUCCUACCCUGGGAUCCCAUCCAGUUCCACACGAACUAGGGCAGUGGUCACUGUGGCACCCAGGUGUGGGCCCGGCUAGCUGGGGGCCUUCAUGUGCCCUUCAUGCCCCUCCCUGCAUUGAGGCCUUGUGGACCCCUGGGCUGGCUGUGCUCACCCCAGCUGCAGGUCAGGUGUCUCCCCCCGUGCCACCCCUGAGACUCCCACCAUUACCCCCAGGAGAUCCUGGACUGCCUGACUCCCCUCCCCAGACUGGCUUGGGAGCCUGGGCCCCAUGGCAGAUGCAAGGGAAACCGCAAGGCCAGCUCCAUGCCUGGAAUCUGCCCCCAGUCCAGGCCAGGCGGAGGGGAGGGGCUGUCCGGCUGCCUCUCCCUUCUCGGUGGCUUCCCCUGCGCCCUGGGGGUUUGAUCUCUUAAGGGAACUUGCCUCUCCCUCUUGUUUUGCUCCUGGCCCUGCCCCUAGGUCUGGGUGGGCAGUGGCCCCAUAGCCUCUGGAACUGUGCGUUCUGCAUAGAAUUCAAACGAGAUUCACCCAGCACGAGGAGGAAGAAACAGCAGUUUCUGGGAACCACAAUUAUAGGGGGGUGGGGGGUGUGAUCUGAGUGCCUCAAGAUGGUUUUCAAAAAAAAUUUUUUUAAAGAAAAUAAUUUUAUACGUGUCAACACAGCUGGCUGGAUGAUUGGGACUUUUAAACGAUCCUCUUUGAAGUGGAUUCAGAGACCUGUCCUGUAUAUAACAGCACUGUAGCAAUAAACGUGACAUUUUAUAACGAU